CAUACCUAUGUUGUUAUUGACUGUAGUCAUUUCAGUCACGAGUUCUUUCGGGAGUGCAGAACACCUACUACAAUUCGCUCAUUCAAACACACACCAUAGUACUCGCAGGUGCUUGGUAACUUUAAAAACAAAUUUUGAAUGAAGCUGGAAUUCAACCGAAUAAGAAGAUGACACUCGCCAUAUUCUUCAUAGCUGCUGUCCUUUUGGGCACAGCGAGUACGGGGGUAUCACAGGGCGUCCCAAUACCCAAGAGACCACCGAGAGGGUUCGUCUACAACGCCAGUUCCUGCACGGCACCGGUGGAACUCAAAGUAUUCGUAGACUUGACUUGUCCUGAUUGUAAGGCAGCAUGGCCCACACUGCUACAGGUAGCCGAGGUUUACAACCAUGCGCAUAUGGUUACCUUCGAGGUGCUUAUUUUCCCGCUGCCGUACCAUCGGGCCUCAUUUCCAGCCGCACAGGUAUCCUAUGUUCUCAACAAAAUUGCACCAGAGAAAGUCUACACGUGGUUCACGUACAUGUUCAAGAAUCAAGCCAAGUACUACAACUCCGCCAUCUUGAAACAAUCUCAAGAUGUUGUUCUACAGAUGUUCGCAGAUGACCUUUUUACAGCCACUGGUAUCAAACAGAGUGAAACGCUCCCUCAUCUCGUUGACUCUGAUGCUUCGAGAGAAGACGCCAUUGUCAUGUGGAAGUAUGCCUGUUCACGGACAGUUUCGGGGACACCGACUGCUCUCAUCAACGAUGUUCGAAUUGACUUUGGUAUCGACUGGACACUGGACGAUUGGAGUAAAGUCAUUAAUCCAUUACUCAAGAAUCAGGAAUACAGUAGUCCGAAGAAAUCUUGCCCGGCUGGAGAGGAAAGAUGCGAGUACCUCCCGGGGAAGAUAGAGUGUUGUCUGUCAGGAGAAGCAUGCAUCCCUAAUGUGGGUUGCAGGUGCUAAAAGUGUCAACUUAUCAUCAUAUGCGAGUACAAUCGUGUAUACUCCAGAGGAGGUUUCUGCAAAGUAUAGGAAGAUGAUGAGGAUGAUUUGCUGUCAGAGUGGCCUGAUCUUGUGUAUAUGUUUUCGUCAACUGUUUCAUGAGGUGUAUUAUUUUAAUUGCUAAUGAAAUUUAUAUUGAGGACAUUGUGGAAAAACUGUGUGACAUAAUCUUUAAGAAAACCUGUAGGUACGUGGUCGGAAUGUGGUUUGUAAAAAAAGAUAUGGAUGAGCAAAGAACUUAGAUGCACAAUAUCAUUGACCAAAAUUGAGUUUGUGACAAGGGACACAUUUGAUAUUCAAUAAAAUGUGGCAUGGUGUACCCCCUCAUAAUUGUGUCUCCAUUGUUUUCAGUGAAUCUCAGGAAUUCAUUACAGGUUUGAUUUGGUUUUUAUUUGCUGCCUUUUUUCGGAAGGGGUGGGUCUGCGUGUUCAAGAGGAAAAUGGUGCGUUAUUGUGGACAUCAAUUUGGAAAAACCCUCUACCACAUGUCGGGCAUUGUAAGGGGGCAGCACGUUGGGUUUCUUUAAUCAUAAUAUACCUUUAUGUUAAUAAAUCCUGCAUAAUAUGGAGUGCCCACUAAGAAAUAAAACGCGCUAAUUAAAGGUAUACAGAUCAAUCAAUCAACCCUAUUGGUGGGCGGAUCCAUGGUGAGUGCAUCACGCUAAAUAAACAACCCGGCAUGCUUACACUUUCAGUGGAAGCCCUAAUUAAACACCUCUCCGGAUCCACUCUUGCCUAAAAUAUGCACGCGGGGGAACAUAUUCAUUUAAAAAAAAACAUGAAUCAACAAUUAUGUCAACUGUCAAUUUGCCAUGACAUUAGUAACUAAAACCGUAGAGCUCAAAUUGCCUUGGGCGUAACUCAAAGAUUUUAUAAGCAUUAUGGUUUACGAAGCUUGACACUAUUUUAUUUACGUUUACUGUAUGGAAUGUUAGUAUUAUAAAUCUGAGUUAACCAAUUGGGAUGUUUGCAUUGUUUUCUCUGUUGUAUGAGUCACAUGGUUGUGUAUGUGAGGGAUAUGUGAAAUAACAUUAUUAUGAUUGGCACGAUUAUAAGGCAUAUACUUGCACUUUUGACAUUUCAGGUGGCUCCCAAUAUUAAAAUAUUCACUGGGUCAUGGUCUACAACUCAACGU